UGCCUGUGGYCCUUAGGGAGUCAGUCAGUAGGUCAGUGUGUCCGGGUAGGUCUACGUGGUGAGGAGUGGGACCCCUGUCGUGCACCAACACCACGAUGGAUGACUAUCCGAUGUAUGGGGUACUUGUUGGGUUCUCCCUCUGGGGGACUCUCUGGCGUCUCCUCUUUCCUCUGGGCUUUUGGCCCACUUUCACGUGUAGAGUAGGGCCCACUCGCGGUGGGACUUCCACCACCCCUUACACGAAGGAGGAGGAGGAGAAGAUGGCCGCCAUUCUGCAGGAGAAGAAGGAGGCCAAGAAGAAGGCCUUGAAGGAGGAGCAGGCGGCCAAAUUAAAGAAGAUGGAAGAAGAGAUGGCCAGGGAGAAAGAGAAGUUGAAAAAGGAAGAAGAAGAGAAGYUGAAGGAGGUGGAUGAAGAAAAGGAAGGACYGCCACUGCAAAGGAGUAGUGGGCAGCCCAGUAGUAAUACCGGUGGAGACUUAGAGAAGAGGAUAUCUGAAUGGGUUGCCAACCUGACUGUGGGAGAAGAGGAAGAGGUUAGUAUGUACAUCCCGCAGGAUCACCAAGAAGCCGCCAUGAAGGCUUGGGAGGCAGAGAAAGACCCUCUGAAACGUCAAGCUUUGGAAGACGAGAAGAGGAUGGAAUGGAAAUUAGCGGUGAUGCGGGAGAAGAAGAGGAGAAUUGACAAGGCAGCGGAGGCGGCAGAGGCCUUAGAGGAAGUGAAGAAUAUAGAGGCGCAAUUAGCUGCCCAGCCCGAUCUCCCAAAUCAAAUGCGAGUCAUAGCUCGAAGCGUUGCAUGCCUAGCACGGGUUCAGRCAGACCAAUAUGACUUUAGCAGAAGCCAGGACAUAGCGGUGCGCUCGAUACGGUUGGGCUUUCGAGACUUUGCUCGUGAGCUGGUAGGCGUCGUUGGAGUCGAGGUGGGUCAUCGCCUCGACAAGACUGAGCGGUUCUGCGCCGGCGCCAUUGAAGGCGUCAAGGCGUCAAGGCGGCAGCUCCCAAGGAGGAGAAAGCACGUCUUCCUCGCCGGGAGCCUGUCAAAGUCAAGUUCCCCGAUUCCUACAGCGGGAAGAGGGAGGAAAACUUUGACAAUUGGGAGGCCAACGUUAAGACCUAUGUGCACUUGCAACAGGUCUCCCUAGAUCAGCAAGUCUUAAUUGCUAUCCACGCACUGAGAGAU